UAGGUGUAAUUAAGAGAGCUGGAUUAAUUGAAGCAGAAAUAUAUUAGGAGUGCAGGACGGUGGCGCAAAGUUACGCAGGCGCGCUAGGCAUGACACAUCGCAGUGGUGGCCCUACGGACGCGAAGGCAACCCGCCGGCAAAGCCAACGUCCCCACGACUUCCGAAAACCCCAUUUACGAAAACUCUCCUUCUCGUUUGUAUUUUGUUUUUCGUGACAGUGUCUUGAGUUCCAAACUUCAACGCGAAACAAAAGAACUUUUCGGCUUUCUUUUGUUUGUUAUCUUUUGUCGUGAAGUGUUCCGUUUUACCGCUCAAGUGUUGAUAAGAUAUUAAAAUCUUUGGAGUAAGGGGCUGAAGAUUGACGCUAUGGAUCAAUGACCUUGCUCGGAGGCAGCGACGAUGGCGCGUAGCACGGCUGUCUACCUCUUUACAGUCCAUUUUCUCUCGUACAUUAUAGUUUGCCGUCAAGAUAGCAGUAACAACAAACCUCGAGACCAGAGUACAGUUUCGGAAUCUUCCCGAAGAUUCCGAACAGAGUUCUUAGAAGAUUGGCCGCAAGCUCCUGGGGCUCCGUACUUCGAUCCAAGUACACCCGACAAUGUGACCGGACUGGUGGGACAUCCUGUCACGCUUCUUUGUAAAGUGAAGAAUUUGCAAAAUCGGACGGUAUCAUGGGUGCGUCACCGUGACAUCCACCUGCUGACGGUGGGGCGCUACACGUACACAUCGGACCAGCGGUUCGAGGCGCAGCACAAGCCGCGCUCCGAGGAGUGGGCGCUGCGCAUCCGCUCCCCACAGCGACGCGACUCCGGCCAGUACGAGUGCCAGAUAUCCACCACGCCACCCAUUGGGCAUGCAGUCUUUCUCAAUAUCGUGGAACCAGAGACGGAAAUACUGGGUGGGCCGGAUUUAUUUAUCUACGCUGGCUCCACCAUAAAUCUGACGUGUAUAGUCAAGCACACACCAGAGCCUCCGAGCACAAUUAAUUGGACUCACAGAGGCAAGACGAUAAACUUCGACUCUACACGAGGCGGCAUAUCGCUGGUGACUGAAAAGGGGACACACAGCAGCAGUCGGCUGCUAGUACAGUCAGCCAGGACGUCAGACGCAGGCGCAUAUCAGUGCGCGCCGGACAACGCGCUGACCGCUUCAGCGAGAGUACAUGUACUUACUGGGGAAACACCAGCAGCGAUGCAAGGCAGCGCCCAAUGGCCUAGCAGGUUACGGCUACCUGUUGUUAUCAUUAUAAGUGUAUCAUUAUUUAAAGUGACUGUAAUAGACUAAUUGAAGUAAGGUGAAAUAAGAAAGUGUUAGCCGCCAAAAUUUACCUAAGUCUCUCUAAGUGUAAAUACAUUUUUGUAAACACUAAGGUUAACUUUAAGGUAUCUACUAUUUAAAGAUUAUGCGAGUGGAUGGGAAACAUCGAAUUGUAAACGCAAAAAUCAGUGUCAAUGUUGCAAAUGUACUUAGAACCUAAAAUAUCAGGGUAAAUUGUAAAUUAAAAAUAAUAGUUGCUGAGUGCAUCAUUUAAAGUACAACACCAUAGAUGUUUAGUUCUAUAACACUUUACUCAAGACCAAUGUAAAGUUUAUCAAUUCCUCUCUUUUAAAUAGGUAUAUUUAACUAGCAUCUCAAUUUAUUUUAAAACAAUAUAACUAAAUAAAAAGUGUUCCUUAUUUCGUCGAAGUAAAAAAUUUCUACGUCGUACUGCUUAAAAAACCAAUGUAGACUUUUUGUGGAUUUUCAGUUACGUUUUGACCAUGACCCACUGUCUCACUUAAAAAAAAUACAAAUUUUCAAAGUGCGAUAAAACUAAAUUGAAAAUUCUGAAAAAAUCCACUUCGGUUAUUUAAAGGAAGAGACCACAUUAAGCAGUUCAGACGUAGAAAAUUUUAUUUUGCGGAUACGAGCAAUGCCCUACUAAAUAACUUAUAUCUAAAAUUGGUUCAUGAUUAUGAUUUUCCGGUAAGUGUUUUUUGUAUACUGUAUUUUCUAGUUAUCAAGAUCAAUAAUAGUACCUACUAAUAAAUAGUAUUCUUGGAUUGACUAGUAAAUACACUGUAAAUUGGAUUGAAUGUCUAAUACUUGUAAGGAUUUCUGUCAAAUUGUUCUUAAUAAUUCAAAAUACGAUUACAGUUAAUAUGAGGAGAAAACAAUAAAUCAAAUUGUAGUUAGUAAAUAAGGAUAGUCGUAAUUACCUACAUUGUUCUCAAAUUAAAGUUGAUUCAGAAUAAAACGAUUUACAA